ACCGGAUAUAGAAGAAUCAGUACCUAUCUGACACGUCGAUCACAAGAACAAAGGAUCGCGAAUACUAGACGGACCGUUACGUGGACAUUUUGAGAAAAGGAGUUCAAAUUCAAUACUUGAUAAAACUGCGUACGCUUAAAGAGCAGAAGAUUAUUGAAAACAAAUAAGGAAGUCACGGCUACCAUCAGGAUUUAAAGUGAAAGUGAGAAGUGAGAACCUGGGGAGUGUCGUGUCAAUGUGAGUUUGUUCCAAUACUUUCCUAGUUUUGAGAAUCCCUCUUUAAGUGUUUACGCUGUUGAAACUGCAUACCUACUUAUUUUUAUUUCGCAUCUUAAACGCGAAUUCUUACCUAUUAUCCUAUUGUAUAAUUAUUUAUUUCGUAGCGUAACUAAGUACGUACAUAAUUACAACAUACCAAUGUUAGUUAGCACCUUAAAUGUUAAUUAACUACUUAAUUCAAUCAUAUACAUAGAUCAUUACACCAAUAUACUUUAGCUUCCUAUGCUAAUUUGCCAUCAAAUACUAAGACUGGUCCAUGUUAUUCUACAAAUUUCAAAUAAUAAUCUUACAUUAAUUCUGUAGGUUAGUGUUAAAUGUUUUAAACAAAAAUAAUAAGUAGUUCAGACCGUGCUUGCUAUAUUUAGCUUAAAGUAGCUAAAGUGUUAAUCGAGAUAUUUUGUGGUUAUUCCAGCUGAUGCAUUUAUUUUGGCUGUGCGCUCGCGGACCUUGACCUUGGCUGCGCCGGCGCCCGGCAACUGCACACGGGCUUAUCUCUGCUAGCUACCUAGCUGUUUACGCACUUCGCUUGGCUAACUGCACUCUCAUUACGCUUCAUUAUAAACAACAUUUAAGUAUCCCAAUCAUUACUUAUUAUUUGCCACUGUUUUCGCCUAACCUUUUUUAUUACAGUGUUACAUUUGUCGCUAUAAAUAAACAUUGUAAGUACCUAAACUAAUUAAUUGUAUUAAACAUGGACAAAGCUGACAUAAAAGUAUUAAUUAAGCAACGAGCUACUUUUAAAACGAAAGUUACUCAAUUCUUAACUUAUUUAAAUCCUCUUAACAGCUGUCCUAAUUUAAACAGGCUGCAAGUCAGUGAACUAAAUAUUCGCUUGACAAAAAUUGAAGAAAUUUAUUCUGAUUACGAUUCUGUGCAAUCUGACAUAGAAAAUAUAUGUGAAAUUUCAGAAGAGCAGUAUGCUGAGCGUGAGGCUUUUGAGACGAGAUACUUCGGUGCAGUCGCGCUCGCUCGAGAGGUAUUAGCGCGAAGCGGGAACUCGGCAGGCCCCGCGCUGGACUCCAGAUCCGUCGGAUCUUUCAGCCCUCACUCCAUCACAUUUUUUGAUUGGACGAACAGACACGUUGCUCCCAUCUCCCCAGGCCCCAGAAUCUACUGCCAUAAGUACCUUAUCGCGGUACAUGCGCAUCCAACGGCUGAAGACCCAUUUCUGGAAUCGAUUUUAUAACGAAUACAUCUCAGAACUCCAAAAACGUCAGAAAUGGACCAAAGAUGGAGAACAGCUCAAGUUAGGAGAAAUGGUACUAGUCAAGGACGACAGAGUGCCUCCAAACCAAUGGUUGCUAGGUCGAGUAACCCAGCUGUACCCCGGCUCUGAUGGAAUAUCUCGAGUCGCCGAUGUACUCACAAUGACUGGAACUGUCCGGCGCGCCUUCAAUCGCCUAUGCCCACUGCCAGUAGAAAACUAGAACUUCAUUCCUGGGGGGGCAGCAUGUUGACGCCUAGCGUAUGUGUGCCAUGCAUGAGACACACACACGCACACAGCGAGAGCAGCGAACGGCGGGCGCGGCGCGCGCCCCACUCUUCAUGCAUCCAGCAACGCAUACAUACAUUAUCAUGUAGUUAUUUUUUUAUUACUUAUUAAAAAGUAUUUAAUUCGGAA